AUUUUGGAUUCACAGCAGAAGAAUUGCUCGUCAAAACCUCAAUCAUGCACAAAGUGUGUUGUCGGUUGCACGGUCGGUCUCUUUUGGGGAAAACGGGCUUAAGGAGUUCAGUGGACGCUUGUGUGAAAUUCCACAAAGCUGGCGGUGUGCUGUGCCAGAAAACAGCAGUCAAACAUCCAUCAGCGGUCCUGCCCCAGAUUCCCCCAUGUGACUUUAAACCUGAGCCCUAUCAGGGCAUGUCUAAAGAGCGUUUACUAGAUAUUCGGAAACACAACUGUAACCCUAUGACCAUGAAGGUAACCUACUACAAGAAGCCGGUCUUCAUAAACCAGGGCCACAUGCAGUGGUUGUGGGACGUGGACGGAAGGCGAUAUCUGGACUUGUUCGCAGGGGUGGCCACCGUCAGUGUUGGACACUGCAACCCGAAAGUGACCGAGGCGGCCGAGAAACAACUAAGGCGUCUGUGGCACACAACACCCAUCUAUGUGUAUCCACAAAUACAGGAGUAUGCAGAGAAACUAGUCUCACUUCUGCCAGACCCACUGAAGGUUGUGUAUUUUACCAACAGUGGCUCAGAGGCCAACGACCUUGCAGUGCUGAUGGCCCGGCUUCAUACUGGAAACUUUGAUGUCAUCACGCUUAGGGGCUCCUAUCAUGGUGGCAGUCCACAAGCCACGGGUCUGACGUCCAACACGCAUUACAAAUACCCAGUCCCGUCUUCUCUAGGCUGCCAUAACACCAUGUGUCCGGAUGUUUUCAGGGGUCUCUGGGGAGGAAGCCACUGUAGAGACUCUCCUGUUCAAACCAUCCGAGAGUGCAGCUGCUCCCCAGGUCACUGUCAUGCCAAUGAUAUGUAUAUCAAAGAACUCAAAGAGGUGUUCGACACAACCGUUCCCAGUCGAAUCGCUGCGUUCUUCACAGAACCCAUUCAGGGUGUCGGUGGGGCUGUUCAAUACCCUAAAAACUACCUGAAAGAAACUUACCAGCUUGUUCGGGAGAAAGGAGGAAUCUGUAUAGCCGAUGAGGUCCAGACUGGCUUUGGCCGCACAGGGAGCCACUUUUGGGGUUUUGAAGGACACAAUGUUAUUCCAGACAUGGUGACGAUGGCGAAGGGCAUUGCCAAUGGCAUCCCGAUGGGAGCUGUGGUCACGACUGCAGAAAUUGCCAGGUCAUUUGCGAAGGGGGUUCAUUUCAACACGUUUGGAGGAAACCCAUUAGCCUGUGCUAUCGCAUCAUCAGUGCUGGACACAAUAAAAGAGGACAAGAUGCAGGAGAACAGUGCUGAAUUGGGGACGUACCUGCUGACAGAACUGGCCAAACUCAGAGACAAAUACGAGAUCAUCGGAGACGUGAGAGGAAAAGGCCUUCAGAUCGGGGUGGAGAUGGUCAAAGACAAGGCCAGCAGGACGCCACUUCCUCAGGAGGCCAUGAAUGAGAUUUUCGAGGACACUAAAGACAUGGGUGUGCUUAUCGGGAAAGGAGGGCUGUAUGGACAGACGUUCAGGAUCAAGCCUCCUAUGUGCAUCACUAAAGCUGACGCCGACUUCUUCCUCUCCGUGUUCAACCAGGCAGUGCUCAACUACACGGAGAGAAGAUAAAAACAUCGAGAACAUAAAAAAACCACACACUGACAAGGUCAUAUUUCAUCUGCAGAAUUAUACAUUACAUAACGGGUCACAGCAGAUGAUCUAAAGACCAGCAAAUGCGACUAACCUCAUUUUCACACUUGCAUUUCUUAGUAUGGGAGCGAUGUGUGAAGAACAUCUAAGUAAUUGGUUUGAGUUCACUACACUGUAGAAACUACAACAUAAUUAAGAGCACUUCAGCUUUCUGUCUGUGGCCUGACUGACAAUCUAAGACCAGAUGUGUGUCACACAUUCACAUAUGAACACUAUUCUAUGACUUUUAUAAAGUGAGACACAAACUGUUUUAAUGCAUCUGUUAAUUAAAAAAAAAAAAAAAAA